GAAUUUCAGAUGACCUGUCAGAUGAUCAUCCAGAAUAUGUAACUAGUGUGAAUGCGGGAAUACUGCCACUGAAAGAAGAUGACGAGAAUAGGUAUGAGUUUGUAUGCAACUUCCAGACGUCCACACUACCUGCACAUAAUAGCACAUGGUAUACUGUCACGUGGUAUGUAAAUAAUAAACUAAUCAAAACAGUUUUUGCUUUCCAAAAAUCAGCCGAUGUUCAAGCAAAGACAUUACUAACAGAAAAUGAAAUCAAAGCUGCUGGUAUACAGACUGUUGGAUUUCAGAUCAGAUGUGGAUAUGCAGUUAGUCACACGGCCGAUUCAGCAACUAGCUCAGUUACGUCUAGUAACGACAGAUUCAUCGGAAUUGAGAUCUUAACACCUACAGUGUAUGUUAGAGACGACGAGGAGGCAGCUAUCAUUGUGAGACCGACAGCGCCCAUUGGAUGUGCGAGCUUUCAUCCGUUCUGUGAAUUACAAGUAAAUUUGCUCAAGGUUAAAAAGGACGACGAUUGUGCUUUAUCACCCACCUAUACGGCAUGUGGCUUAAGAGUCAGAGCUGGAGCGAACUGGAAUGCGAAUUAUAGUAUUAAAGUCCGGGGUAACUUUCCAAGUUCCUAUGCAAAUCUGUACGCUAUAAAGUAUUUGAAUUUGAAAACGGUGGAAUUUUUCGAUUUGCACCAAUUUUGGGGUAACUACUCCAUAGGAAGUGUUAAGGUUGUGGUUUCUCAGGAUGCAACUCCCAUUAAGAACAAGGAGUGUUCUGCUGUAUGUGAUCCACACAUGAAGACGUUCUACGGAGCACGGUAUGAACAUCACUAUGAAGGAGUAUUCACCUUGUACGAAAAUGAAGCAUGGAAACAAGAGGUACAAAUACAGACCAAGCCUUGCCGGCGACAUGCCCGCGUUACCUGUGUCUGUGGUAUAGCUAUUCGUGUUGGACGUGAAGUUUACAAAAAGGAAAUUUGUUCAGAUUCAUUUUUUAAAUCUGGAUACGCCCAGUGUGAUGGACCAUCGCUUAUUAAUGUUAAAAAAAGCGGCAACAAUCAACAUAAGAUUCGUCUGCCAAGUUCUACCAUUAUUAAAGUCGUGACUAUUGGGAACUUCCUGAAUAUUUACAUGUAUCCAUCAGUUGCUGACAAGGGUAAUGUCGGUGGAUUGUGUGACCAAAUUACUACCAGUACCUUUAUUGGUCGUGAUAAAGAAGUCUCAACUUAUCAGUGGUCUGGAAUGCCAGCGUUUUCAGAUUCAUGGCGGGUAAACGAUAAAUUGAUAAACCUGUUUUCCAACGACCAAAUUCACAGGUUAGAAGGGGCUGACGGUAAUAUGUUUCUAUGUAAGUGCGAUGAAACCACACCUACGCACAUUUCAUGUAGUAACUCACAGGCAUGCUCACACAAGGAGAUCUUCGCAUAUACACUUGUACCGGUUUGUGAGAAGAACUUCAUAGAGAAACGAUCGGUAGGAAGCCAUUACCGGAUACCAAGAUCGUCAGGACCAGCGUCUACGCAUAUCAGCAAACGACAGACUACUAAUCCUACUUGGAGAAAUGGAUGGACAGAGAAAUUGGCUACAGAUCACUGUAAAGGUUUAUUAAAUAAGUCAAAAACUGUUCAGAUCUGUGAGAAAAGUGGAGCUGCCGGAACACAAGAGGCGCUUAACAACUGUGUUCGAGACAUUAAGUUGAUAGGAGACGAUAGUUUUGCUAAGGUUGCGGUAGAAACUGUAAAAACGUCAUGUUUUCAUGAAAUAAGUUACAAUCCCAUAUAUCAAAGACAAAGAACCGUAACACUGCCUCCGGGACCAUCUACAGCUAAGCCGGUGAAAAAUUUUGCAUGGGGAAGAAGUUCUAUUCGCGAGACGGCUUUGCCUCCUCCGACAAUCGCCAUACCAUCCUUCUUUGAUGAAAUUAAACAAGUAGCCUGUCCUUUAGAAUGUUCCCAACACGGCAACUGUAAUGGAGGAGUGUGUACCUGUGAUAAAGGAUAUGGAAGUCUGGAUUGUUCAGUAUCGCUCAAUACGCCACCGACGAUAGUUUACGAGUCAAGUGCUAACGAAUGUAAUUCCACAAUUGGCACCUGUAAUCGGGUUCACCUUUUUGGUGGCGAAUUUGUUGAGUCAGUUACACUUGUUUGCAAAAUAAGAAUUGAAAAAACAGUAAUUGGAACAAAGAGUCUUGUUGCCGAGAGAACAGUUUCUGGUAUAUAUGUAAGCGAUGACGAAGUAGUCUGUCCUGAGGUUGUAUACACAAGAAGCAUUCUACCUGGAGUAAGCUAUUCAUAUGGUGUGUCUGUCAGUAACAAUGGUGUGGUCUUCAGUGAUCAAAUUUUCGUGCCAAACAACUAAAUGAUAUGGCAACGUUCUAACACUACUUACUGGAUGUCUACUGCGGUCGCUUCCCCAAUUCACAAACAACUUUGCCAUUGUUAAAUUAAGAAGUCCGAGAAAUUAUAUGACAAGAAAAAACAACCUUGCUUUUAGAAGUUAUUCAUCUAAUUAGUCAGAUUACACUAGUUUUUCAUCUAAUCAGAAUGUUUACGCUAUGUCUUCAGCCCUUAGUCAUGCUUUAAUCUCCUAUCACAUGUAGUUUUUCAUUCUAAUUAGCCUGUUUACACUAUACCUUCCUGCCUUAGUGGUGCUUUAAUCUCCUAUUACGUGAAAAUAUUCAUUUAAUUAGUCUAUUUGCACUAUACCUUCCUGCCUUAGUGGUUCUAUAUAAUCACCAGCCUUUGUAGGUCUUCAUUUUAUCACCAUGUUUACGCUAUGUCUUUCUGCAUUGGUAGUGCCUUUGUCUUCUUAUUGCUUUGUUUAUACAAUAUUUUUAGUUGAUGUAUUUAGAAACGUUUAUUCGAAUAAAUUUUAAAAAUUAG